GUAGAAACCAGUACAACCUUGAAGAAAAAGCUCACCGAAAUAAAAACAAAAGACAUGUGUAAAGUAAAUAAGGAAACACUUUGGUAAAAAAUAAUAAAUUUCUAUCAAGCUAUGGCUAUGUAAGAGAUCAAACUCACUAUCUGACAUGAAGACAUCAUGCCACUACACCCAAACUAAUACCUUGUUGUAUAUCUAUUAAUUAUUUAUUUAUAUAUUCAUAUAUCUUGUUGUAUAUCUAUUAAAUAUGUUUAACACCUAUAUCUCACUUGCAUUUUUGAAAAUCCUGGUUGGAUUAUGUCAUAAGAAAAUCGACAAUAGGCCAUUUCUCAUGCAACACCACUAGAAGAGGCAGGUAGAAGGGGUUGUAAUUCCCUUUCAACUGUGAAAAUAUCGCUGAAAUUAUAUGUAAAAUUUGUAACAAAUUUUGAAGAAAAAAAAAUAUUAAGACUUUAGUCCCCUCCCUCAAUUACCAUGAUUCAAAUCAACCCUGUUCAUUUAGAUUUCUCCCUCUCCGCCACAAAGCUGAGUCCUCAAAUUUAGAAUGACACUUGGAUGGAGUAAAGUAAACUGCCAAAAGAAAAAGCAUAAUCAGCACUUCAACUUAACUCAACCGAAAGCCAAAACAAGAAACCUUCAACAAAAUAGCCAGAAAAGGCACACUCAAAGAGAAGAAACUGCUCAGUAGGCAAUAAGCUAGUGAAACUCAAAGAGAACAUGCAUGCACCGCAAGUUGUUUUUACCAUAUAUACCAGCAGCCAAUGCAGUCCAAAGCUUCAUUCCAGGUAAAAACAUUUUGAUGAUAUAAAAAGUAUAAACUCAUAAGUAUUUAAACUUUAAAACGUGAUUUUAACUAGAGAAGAAUAAGAGACCCUCAUCAAUUUAGAGAGGCUAUUAGAGUACCCAUAUGUAAAUAGAAUAGUAGCAUGCUAUGUACACGUAGGGAAAAGGGACUUCGACUAGUGGUAAGGGUUUGUGGUUGUAUAUGUGUACAUGUAACUCUUGAUAAAAGUCAUAAAACUACAGAACAAUAAGAGAAGAAGCUAGCUUUAUCCAUGGAUUAGUCUUGAUCACACCAAUUAAGGAAACUAUGGUAAUUACCAAACUAAUUAAGUCUAAAUUCUUUUAACAAUGGAAUACAAUACAUUAGCGAAACCGUCAAAAUCAAUAUAACAACUAAAAUAAAUUUUAAUCGAUUUGGUCAAUUGGCUUCAUCAUGUUAACCAAUAUAAUAUAAAAUUAUCGGAUAAACAAUUGUUAUCUUAAUGCAUCUAUCCAUAAUACAUAUGGAGAAUAAAAACAUAGUUAACCCUGAAUAUAAAUACAUGCAAGUAAUAUAAAUAUCUUACAAUAAUUAAAAGUAGCCGCCUAACAAAAAUAUAUACAAAUGAUGUGAGGUGAUAAAUUGGGAGUAUAUAUGCUCAUGCCUUAGUCUCUUAGCAGUUAUCGGGUGCUAAAAAUCCCUUAUGUUCAGAGUUUCCAUCCAAAUAAUAUAUGAGUCUUUAUCUAAAGCGGAACAAUUAUGAGUCUUAUUUUUAUGGAUCCAAAUCAGAUGAACUUUUGACUCUUAAAUAAUUAGGGAAAGUAUUAAGUAUGUGUUUUAUAAUAUAUUAGAUAUAUGAUUAAUUCCUAAUUGAUUUGAUUGGUUAGCACAAGGAGACGGAAACCCUAAGAGGCAAGUCGAAAGUCGAAACCACCGCUGUAUAUUCCGAGAUAGAAGAAGGUGCAGGGCAGCCGUUCACAAUCACAGAACAAUGGUCGAGCCGAAGGAUAGGGUUUGCGAAAGGAAAGGGAUGGAAGAACCUCCUUCACCCAAAAAGCAAAAGGUGGAAGAAGGUGUGCCUGAUCAUCACGAUGAGAAGCCGCCGCAGCCUCAGCACGGCGGUGCGGCGGAGCCUCCGUCGGCGCCAUCAUCCUCCCCCUCCUCCGUUUCAUUGGGUGAUCCGUCGUCUCCUCGCCCGGUGAUUGGACUCGAUCCUGCAAACAAGUAUUAUGAGAAAAUGCUGAAGUGGCUGGAUGCUGAAUUAGAUUCGCCGCCGGACGAUGAGGAACUGAUGAGAAAGGACAGCGCCUGCGUUGCAAAAUCAGCUUUGAAACAUUACAACGGGAAGGAGGGGACGAAGUAUGUGUUUGAUCAACCCUUACUCUGCUGUUGCGCUAUUCUUCACCCUUUAGUGGUACUCCAUGCCAACUUCACUGCUAGAGAGGAAAACAGCGAUUCCAGUGACAUGUUUUUUGGUGAGGCAGUACAAUACCUUGGGGGAGGUUCCAAGGUUCUCAACUGUGUCAAGGUAGAUCCUUUGGCAAAGGGUGGUUACCGCAAUGGUUGCGUCUACUGUCGGAAAGACAUCAUCCACCCUCCUGUUGAACACUGCGAGUACGGGUCGAAUGCGUUGGUUGAUCAGAAGAAGCUCCAACACAAGACAGUGAAACCCAAAUCAUCCAAGUAGGAGGAUUGAAAUUUCUGACUGCCCACUACCCUCUCCUUCCCUAUUGGCAACCGAUCGACUAGUAAAAUUCCCCUGUUGGUAGCAGCAGCAGCCCAUUCCAAACUUGGUUUAACUGAUUAUAUGCUCUCUGUGUAUGUGUCGUGAGCUUAAGAACUUUUCUGAUCCUUGUUGGUAGAAAACAAGUUGUUAUUUAUUAACUAUGUGAAGCUGUUAGAAGCAGUCGCAGCAGUUCGGUUUCUGUUUGUUGUUUGAUGUUUGAUGAUCUGCAGUAUGUUCAUCUGUGAACUCAACUGUGAUCCAUCCCGUGUGUUUGUAUUUUGGUUUAUGACCGUUUACUGAAAUAUCAGUAUCAACUUACUGCUCAUUAUUCUGGCUAUCAAUCGUAUACUCCAUACUUGUAUGAAAUUCCCUCCCCUGCCCAUGCUCUAGAAGAAAGGAUGUUGCUGCUGCUUCAUCUAGGAAGGAAAUGGACUUUAUCAGAUGUCUCAUGUUCGAGGAUCUAUAAUGGAACUGGUUUAACUUUAUUACAUAGGAUGUAUGUAGUGUGUAUUGGGUAUGUGUAGUGGAAUGGAUCAAACCAAGUUAGUAAUCUGAUAGUAUGACUGUACUCCACCCUAAGCAAAGAUCUCAUAACUUAGCCACACAUUGAAAUGAUGCUCCUGUCAUUCUUGAGAUCUUGAUCUGAGCCAAAACAGUGAUUCGCGAUGGUUAACUUGAAUCAUGAGCUCGUGAUAGGGUUGUAAAUGAGUCAGGCUACUAAUGAGCGGAUAGGCGUUCGGAUUGGGAAAGAUCUCGUUUAUUAACGAGUUGAGUUUCAACCAAAUCUAUGUUUGACUAGCAAAGCAUGUGAGAACCAGCUCGAUUAACUGGUUUGUUGAGGUCAACUCGAAUGUAGCUCGUUUUAAAACUAUGAGUUUAUUCGAUAGUAUGACUACCGAGUUACCUCAACUACUAAGGAACCCACUCACCUGAUUCAUCGCCCAUGACUCUGCUUUCCUUUCCCAACUCCCUCGUCCUCAUCUAGGGGUGGGAAUCGGAUCCUAAUUUUUCGGCCAGAUCGAGAAUCAGGCCGUAAAGUUCAAUUUAGUUAAAAUAAUAAAUCGGCUAUAUCACAGUCUGGUUUGGUUUUAUUUUGUUUAUGAUUUUGAAAAGGAAUAAAAAAAUUCAUCUUGAUUCAGUCCUAUUUAAAAUUGGAAAAUCAUCACAGUCUCAACUCUCAACCAUCCAUAGAAGAAACUAACCCAACUCACCGAACCUAGUGACAGUGAGCCCAUCGUAUGAACCUCAUCCCCGUCCCAGUCUAAACCAAUGCCACAACCGUUAGCAAUUUUAAGGGCGACAUGUAGCGAUUCAGUAAUUAAAUAUGGUAGUUGAGGCCUAAUACAUGUCCAAACACAGCUUCUCGACCUCAACCCACUCAGUGGCGGACCUAAGGCAUGCCAGGGUGUGUCGUCCGACACACCCUCGCUCGAGAAUUUUACGAAGGACCUACAUAUUUUUGGUACAAAUUUUUUUACUUCGGGAUAGCCGACACACCCUCAAUAAUUAUAGCCGACACACCUUUAUUAUACUCGAAGAAAUAAUUAUCCAAAUGAAUCAAUCUUAAUCAUAAUCCUUUUUAAUUUUGUUUAAAAUAACUCAUAAAGCAUAAUCCUAUCCUUCCUAUUAAAAAAAAAACACUCUUCGCGCAUACAAUAUACAUUACUAUCAAGUCGAUUUAUUCUAUGCAGUUAUAGAUUUGCAGCUGCAAGAAUUGAAUACUCGAUUUGGUGAGGUGAACACUCCAUUGUUGGACUGCAUUUCUUGUUUUAGUCCAGCUAACUCUUUUGCUUCUUUUGAUAAAGCAAAGUUGAUAAGUCUUACUUAGUUUUAUCCCGAGGAGUUUCCAUCCAAUAUGCUCUCACGACUUCAUCUACAAUUGGGGGCUACAUUUCUCAUGUCAAGGAGGAUAAGAGCUUUGAUGGAUUUCGAGGAAUCGACGAGCUAGCUAGGAAAUUGGUGGAAAGGGGAAAUGACACUCUUUAUCCUUUAGUUUACUUGCUGUUAAAGUUGGUGUUGACCUUACCUGUGGCAACUGCAAGCUGCGAAAGAGCAUUUUCAGCUAUGAAGAUAAUCAAGAACGAUCUUUGAAAUCGGUUGAGUGACCAAUUUAUGAAUGAUUGUUUAGUUGUGUAUAUUGAAAAAGAUUUGCUUUGCAGCAUAAGUGAUGAAUGUAUUUUAGAGACAUUUCAGCAGAUGAAAAGUCGUCGCGGUUCGUUGUAAACAUGACAUUAUGAACUUUAUGAAUUAAUUUCUUUUAAUUUUUAAUUAAUUUUUAAUUUAAUUAUUAUUUUAUUUUAUCGGCGACACACCUCUCCGACAAUCCUGGGUCCGCCACUGAACCCACUUGAAGACCUUCUUGAUUGUGGAGACUGCCCUUGUUUUAGGGUCAUCGGGCACCACCCAAUCAAUGAGCUCCCGCAACGAAAGGGUCACCGGAUAACCUUAUUGCCUCCCAAAGUACUUGAUGUUGCAGGCUGCUUCGACCAAGGUGGACACAGAGUUGACCGCACAAGUCUCUACAUUAAUUGUUCUAGGAUCUCAUGGAAGAGGGGGAAACUUACGGAUAGUGAAGUAGCGGCUUAGAUCUGCGCUGUACCGUUCUGCUGCUGCUUCGCCGAGGACGGCGGCGAUGGCGCCGGACGAGGGAGAGAAGAAAUCGGCGACGAUUUUCAAAUUUCACCCUCUGCUCUUCACUCCCUGAGAUUGGAAGACGGCAGCUGCAGAGUGUGUGUAGGAAUUAGAAACCUUAAAGGGACACGCGCCCGAUUCGGUCGGGUCACCCAAAAAGCGAGUGGACCUUUUUUUUUUUUUGGGUCUGUUACUGUCAUUGUUCCUUUUGUUUCCGUCCAUUUUCCCGUACUUUGGGACUGUAAUAAAUUUGUUUGCUCCUGUUUAUAUUGCCACUUUGCAUUGUUUUUUUAAUGAAUGCAUGAUAGGGGGGAUAUUGAUUUGUAACGCAUAUGGUUGUCACGUGACACAUAAUUUUAAUAAUGCAGCCAUGCACAUUCUGCCAAAAUGGGGGAAAUUAAAUACUCCAUGCAAAUUGCCAUGCAUGGCUAAUGACUUGCCAUUUACAUGUACUUUUGGUUUAUUAGGUCAGUUAAUGAGUAUGCUAGAUCAGCAAAUAAUAUUCAUAAGCUUUA